AUGUCAGUCGAGUAUACCAAUAUGAAUCAAGUGAAGAAGACCAAGAGAAGCAAGUUAGAGAUGUUUAUGAAUAGGUUACCAUACUACUUCAGCUAUGUCAUCCUGAUAUCGACCUGGAUACUGUUUAUGCUGUUCAUAACCCUUGGAGAAGUGUUGCUGAAACGAAGAGAGGUAGGGAGAUUUGCGGAACAAUCGGUAAUAUACAAUUCUCUGCUGUUCUUAACGCUCAUCUCUUUGGCGACCACCGCAAAUCGAUCACCUGGCGUACCGGAUCAAACACUUGCGCCGCCUAAUAAAAACUUGCAACGUCAUGUCACUCAGUCAGAUCGUUCAGAAAAUCAAUCAAUUCAGAAUUAUACAAUUGAAGAAUAUGCUAAGGAAGAGGAUAUCGAUGACGAAGAUGACAAUUUACCAUUAAGAUAUCUCAGAAAUGCUCAAUGGGUGAACACACGAAUUGGAAAAGAUAGACCAUCUCCCUUACCUUUACCAAACACACGAAGAUAUCCCUCUCCGUCUAUACCAGAUCGAACAGAGGAAGAAGAGCAGCGACAUGAAAGUGCAACUGAUUCAGAUUCCGGAUCCGAAUUUUCACCUUUCCCACUCAGCGCCAAAAGCCCUUUCGUACCCUCCACAGCUGUAGAUGCAGGGGAAGAUGAUGAAGAUCUACUUGAAGAUCUUCGAUUGACUUCUCCUACCGAAGGUGCAGAGGAAAUGUCAACUUCAUUGUUGAGAAGCGAAGAUGGUGCGGGUGACGGCGGAAGAAGCUUAAUGGCAAAGAGUAAUAAUGGUGAAACUCGAUGGUGUAAGAAAUGCAAUGGUUGGAAACCUGAUAGGUGUCAUCAUUGUAGGCAUUGUGAGCAGUGCGUUCUGAAGAUGGAUCACCAUUGUCCCUGGGUAGGAACAUGCGUAGGGUAUCAUAAUUACAAGCCAUUCUUCCUGUUCAUCAACUGCGCUUUGCUUUUGGCAAUCUACGCAACUUUCGAAGCGGGAUAUGAAACGUAUCGAUUCUUCCAAGAUCCAUCUGGAGCGGUGCCAUAUAGAGCAGUACAGAUGGAGGUCAAUCAGACGCUAGAUACGGCUAGCAUAGCUGCCAAUGAUAAUUGGUCUGACGGCUUGGGCAUAUCACCAGCGAUAUUCAUGAUGUUAACUGUCAUGGGAGGAUUUAUGUCUUUAGCUGUUGGUGGACUGGUAGUGUUUCAUUGGUAUCUGACAUUGAAUAAUCAAACUACCUUAGAAAACAUAACCCAUUCCUACCCAUCUGCACUUCUCGAUGGAAUCCCCAAAGGCGCUCAGUGGAAAGCCGAUCACCUCCUCACUCGAUCGGAGAGAAACAGACUGAGAUGGGAAGCUAGGGAGAUAAACGUAUAUGAUCUAGGAUGGCGUAAGAAUCUGAAAAUCUUGUUUUUGGGUGAAGAAAGGGAUAUAACAAUGUUAGGAGUGAUCCAGGCGUUAUGGCCCACAGGUAGACCUAGCAGAUACGAUAGGAGAUCUGGUCAUUUCUUCGCUUACAACCCCCACAAAUUCGAGAAAUUGAGAGACUUGACGAUGGAAUUGAGAUAUGGGAUCGUUCCUGAGGGGCAAAACAAGGAGAGAAGUAGUAUGGACAGUACAGUUGAUGGCGAUGAAGGCGAAGGUGAAGUCGAUCAUAGGGUACGAGACCAGCAUGACGAGGGGUAUGAAUUGGACCAAGUAGCAGAGAAGGGAUUGCACGAAGGGGCAAGUGAAGACAGACUAGGAAGGGCAAGACAAGUCAAGUGGUUUGAGGUGUAA